AUGUCUACCUCAAAGACCAUCGCCGUUGUGGGAGCCACUGGAAACCAAGGCUCCUCAGUCGCAAAGACCUUCCUCAACCUCCCCGGCUGGAAUGUCCGUUGUCUUACCCGUCGACUCACCUCUGAGAAAGCUCAAGCCCUCAAAGCUCUCGGCGCUGAGGUAGUUGAGGCGGAUCUCGACAACCUCGAUUCUCUGAUCACCGCCUUCAAGGGUGUUCAUGCCAUCUUUGUCAACACAGAUUUCUGGGCACCCUACCAAGCUGCCCUCACCGCAGGACACGACCAGUCCACUAGCAGCGCUAUGGGGUUUAAGACGGAAUUGCAACACGUCAAGAACGCCGCUAUUGCCGCCACCAAGACUCCUACCCUUGAGAAAUUCAUCUACUCGGCUCUGGGUCCCAUGAAGGUCGCGUCUGGCGGCAAGUACCCUCACUGUUACCACUGGGACAGCAAGGCUGAGGCUGUCAACUACAUCGAGAAAGAGGUGCCUGAACUCGCCGACAAGGCAUCCUACAUCUACCUUGGGGCUUACAGCUCCAACCUCUUGCUCUUCCCCAAGCGCAAUACCGAGACUGGGGAGUACACUGUGGUUCUGCCCGGCCCAAAGACAACAAGGUUCCCCAUCAUCGACCCUCUAAACUCCACUGGCUCUUUCGUCCGUGCUCUUAUCGAAGACGAGCCUGCUGGAACCAAGCUCCUCGCUUAUGACAGCAACAUGACCAUCAGCGAGGCCAUGGAUGCAUGGAGCGCCGUCACUGGCAAGAAGGCAGAUUUUCAGCAGGUCACAUUGAAGGAGAUGCAGGAGUUGACUGGUCUGCCUCUCGAGGUUCUCGAAGGGCCUGCUUUCCUUGGAGAGUACGAGUUCUGUGCCGGACUUGAAGGAGUCAUUACUCCAGAGCAGCUGAAGAACCCGGUCAAGACACCCACAUAUCGGGAGUUCCUGGCCUCCAAGGACAUUGAGUAUCUGACUGGGUUUGACUAUAGCCCAAAUUGGUAA